AGAGACUCAGAGUGGGGAGGAAGGAGGAACAUGUCGGCCGUGCAGCUGCUGCGGGUGUCGGUACAUGAGCAGAUCAGCGCUGCCGCUGAAGACUUCCUGCUGCAGGUGGAGAAAGGAGGAGGAAAGGCUGAAGUCCUGGAGCUGAGAGCGAUGCUCACCGAGCGGCUCGCGGGGGCGGGGGAGGAGAUCCUCACGAGGCUUGAGGAAACCGUGGCUGGGUACGAGGACCGAGUGGAGCGGUCCGAGCGGGAGAGGAGGGUGAUCGAUGCCGCGAUGCAGCCCGUAGUCCGGCUGCACAGAGCAGUGUGUCCUGCAGACGUCCAGCAACUGAUGGUGAUAAAAGAAGAGGUUCCCCCUGAGCAGCCGCAGAGGAACCCUCUUGUGGACCAGGAGGACCCAGAGCCCCCCCUCAUUAAAGAGGAACAGGAGGAACCGUGGACCAAUCAGGAUGGACAGCAGCUUCAAGGACUGGAGGAGGCUGAUAUCAAGUUCACAUUGACUCCUGUCGCUGUGAUGUGUGAAGAAGAUGAAGAGAAACUUAAAUCGUCAAAGCUUCAUCCGAGUGAGAGGAAGGAGAACAAAGCGGACUGUGGAGGACCAGAACCAGCCAGGAACUCAGGUCCUGAUGGAUUUUUACAACAAGGUCCUGAGGAUAAGAAGGAAGACUCUUCUGAGACUGAAGAGAGUGAGGAUGAUUGGCUGGAGACCAGGGAACCUCAGACUGGCUUAAAUACAAGAAACAACAAACGGCCUCUAAGUGAUAUGGGAUGUAAGACAGAGAAAAAAUCGUUUAGUUGCUCUGAGUGUGGUAACAGAUUUAACCUAAGGGGCAAUCUAACUAAACAUAUGACGAUUCAUACAGGAGAGAAACCGUUUAGUUGCUCUGAGUGUGGUAAAAGAUUUAGCCAAAGGGGCAAUCUAAAUAAACAUAUGAGGAUUCAUACAGGAGAGAAACCGUUUAGUUGCUCUGAGUGUGGUAAAAGAUUUAACCAAAGGGGCGAUCUAUAUAAACAUAUGACGAUUCAUACAGGAGAGAAACCGUUUGGUUGCUCUGAGUGUGAUAAAAGAUUUAGCCUACGGAGCCAUCUAAAUAAACAUAUGAGGAUUCAUACAGGAGAGAAACAGCUUAGUUGUUCUGAGUGUGGUAAAAGAUUUAGCCAAAGGGGCAAUCUAAAUAUACAUAUGAGGAUUCAUACAGGAGAGAAACAGUUUAGUUGCUCUGAGUGUGGUAAAAGAUUUAACCAAAGUGGCGAUCUAAAUAGACAAUGAGGAUUCAUACAGGAGAGAAACCGUUUUGUUGCUCUGAGUGUGGUGAAAGAUUCAACCGAAGGGGCAGUCUAAAUAGACAUAUGAGGCUUCAUACAGGACAAC